UCUACUGCCAGUUCGUUUCAAUUUGUUGAUUGUGUAGAGUGUUGCGGUGGUUCUUAUUUCCACGUCCAAACACCAUAUUUAAUUAAUCAUUCGACAAUAAGCAGCACACACAAUAAUGUUUGAUCGAAUUUGUGUGAAGCUAUCUGCAUUUAUAGCCUAUUAAGUGUUUUAUUUAGAAAGCGAACAACUAGUCGUUUCAAUGGGCAAGGAUCAGCAUUUAAUUGAAGCCGCGCGCAAUGGAGAUAUAAAAACCGUUGGCAAAUUAUUGGAGCUGACGACCAAGCGACACGGUCCACUGUCCAGCUUUCGUCGAAGUCCCAAUAUCAACUACCAAGAUGUCAAUGGAUAUACUUCAUUACAUCAUGCCUGCCUCAAUGGUCACAGCGCUAUUGUCCGCCUGCUGCUCGCCCAUAAUGUGCAGGUAGACGUGCCCGAUAUACGUGGCUCGACCCCGCUCUUCUUGGCCUCCUGGGCGGGUCAUCAGGAUAUUGUGAAGAUGCUGCUCUUUCAUAACGCCAGGCCGGCAAAUCCGAAUGCCCAGACAAUUGAGAACGAGACACCGCUGCACUCGAGUGCCCAGCAUGGACACACCAAUGUCGUGGCCAUACUUCUGUCGUAUGGCGCCGAUCCCACCAUACGCAACAAUAGCUUUCAGACGGCUUUGGACUUAGCUGCACAGUUUGGCCGCCUGCAGUCAGUGCAAACGCUGCUGCGCGUCGAUCCCGAUUUGAUUGCGCCUUACCGGCGUCACGCAGAGGAGGACAUGUCCGAACUGCUGGGCUACUCGCAUCAAUACUCGCCGACGCCCACCAAGCAUAUCUUCACCCACACUUGUCUCCACUUGGCCAGCCGCAAUGGCCACAAAAAAGUGGUCGAAACGCUGUUGGCCGCUGGAGUUGAUGUCAACAUACUCACCAAUGCAGGCAGUGCUUUGCACGAGGCGGCGCUGUGUGGCAAGAAGUCGGUGGUGGUUACCUUACUCAGAGCUGGCAUCGAUAUCCAUGCCACCGACGGCAACGGACGCACUGCCCUUGAAAUACUCUCCGAUUACCCACCGCAUGUUACUUACGAAAUUGUGGCCGUCAUCAAUGAAUUUACCAAUUUGACUGAGUCACAGAUGUUGCGCAGAAAUCAAGCGCAGCUGGUCAACCAUAUCGACUCGUCGUCACUGCCCAAGCGUCUCUAUGAGAAGAAUGCACAGCGCCCAAAGCAGGCCAAGCUCAGCGACCCAUCCAAGCAGAGGAACAAGCCAGUUCCACCAAAUGGACUUUCGCACUCUUUAAGCUCAUUGGAUAGCUAUAUAAAGCGGCCACCGAAUUAUGUGGACAUGAAGCCCAUAAGGCCACAGAAGUCGGUUAGCGAUAUGCAUGACCUGGAGCCACGUGAGGCGCUGUGGCAUAGCUACAAGCCAGUCUACAAACAGCCGUAUCAAAGCGCUCUACUAUGCUCGACACAGAAUUUUUCAAACAUUUCCAUACCCUCCCGGUCCUAUGAAUUCAUCAAUCUGCUCAAGCCCAGCUCCAGCAGCGAGGAGCAGGUCAGCCAAAGCAACAGCUCUGGAACACCACAAACUCGAACUAGAUCUGACUAUGUGGAAAUGAAGGUGCAAGCUCCGGUGCCCAUGCCGCGCACUCGUCUAAAUCUUGACUAUGAGAAUAUAUUGCCCCGGCAGGCGGUAGACAACAACAACAACAACAGCAAUAUAAAUAAUAGCACUAAGCGUGUUGCUUGCCAUUCACCCACGCCCGACUAUCCGCCACCCACUGUGGUUGAGGCCGAGACAACGAUCUUUAAUUUUAUACAGCCACCACGACUAGAUGACUCCCACAUUUCCUAUAGCUCGGAUCAGGUAGAGGAAUUUGUGGGCGAUGUGCCCUUUGCCGGGCUCUUUAAGGGCUCAACUUUGAAUUUGUCUCAGGAUGUAGUGGACGGACGUUGCCUGCGUUCGCCGAGCAUGGUGAGAUCAGUGAAUGCACUGAACCCACGACGUAGUCUGUCCAAGCAACGAUUUUCCACAACUGGCGAGGAUUUUAGUGCUUCACGGGUGUGGGCAGAGAUUGAUACGAUAUUCGAGAAUAUAGGAAAUGAGGUGUGCAUAGUGGAACCAGAGCAGGGGCAGGAAACGGAGGAAGAGAUGGAGCACGAGCAGGAGCAGGAGCCGGAAAUGGAGCAGGACCAGGCCAUGGAGCAGCAGCAGCAGCAGAAUGAGGAGUUGUCAAUGAAGCUACAGCUGCAACCCAAUUCUGUGGAAGAUGUCCGACAAUCGCUACAUAUACGCAAUCCAGAAGAUUUGCUGCUGGGCAAAACGCCGAGUUCAGCUUCCCACUGGUGCCAUUCGCCUUAUACGCUGGUCUAUGGCGAAAUACAUUAUUCUGUUUAUUAUCUGGGCUCCACGGUUAUCAGGCAUCUACAGGGCACCAUUUCGACGCGCAAGUCCAUCCAGAAGCUGAAGAUCGAUGAGAACCUGAAGACGGCUUCGAGUGUCAGUGACAUAAGCCUGCUAGAGAAUUGCAAUACAUCCACAAAGUAUCUCAAAGCCGCCAAUAUGCAGUCGCGCCUCCAGGUGGAUAUCUCUGUGUCGUGCUUGGGCGUUAAGUUUAUAGAUCAUGAGUUAAAGACUGCCAUCUGCUCGCAUGACAUAGAGAACAUCAAUUGUGUGUGCCAGGAUGCGGAGGACAUGCGUUAUUUCGCCUAUAUAACCAAAGAGCAGGAGCUGCAUUAUUGUCAUGUCUUUAUGGUUGACAAUUUGGAGCUGGCUAACGAAAUAAUUCUGACUCUCGGCCAGGCUUUUGAGGUUGCCUAUCAACUGGCCCUCAGCAGGCAGAGCACACCUUUAAUACAGAGCGAUGAGUGCUGAGCUAUAUUUAAUCU